AUGUAUGGCGAACCAGAGGAGAUUGUAAGGCUUGCAGAGAAAAUAUACUACAGCGAAACGUACGAAGAUCUCAACAAAAACAUAUACAGACACGUAAUCCUCCCCAAGGAGCUAUCGCGCAUGGUCCCUCGGGACAGGCUGCUCGAGGAGCACGAGUGGCGCGGGCUGGGCAUUACCCAAAGCAAAGGGUGGAGACACUACAUGCUGCACAGGCCAGAGCCGCACGUUUUAUUAUUUAAAAAAUCUGCUGGUCUUUAA